GGUUGGCGGUGCGUUCCAGUGCAGUGAGGCGGUGCCUGCCCUGCCCGCUCCAGACUGCGGCGGGCAGCACUGAGUAGCCUAUCUGACAGCACAGUUUACCACAGAAAUGGCGGAGGGGGAGUUGGACGUCGACUCGCUGAUUUCCAGGCUUUUGGAGGUGCGAGGAUGUCGUCCAGGAAAGAUUGUCCAGAUGACGGAGGCGGAGGUUCGCGGCCUCUGCAUCAAAUCCCGGGAGAUCUUCCUCAGUCAGCCAAUCCUCCUGGAGCUGGAGGCUCCGCUCAAAAUCUGUGGUGACAUCCAUGGACAGUACACAGACCUGCUGAGGCUCUUUGAGUAUGGCGGCUUCCCUCCCGAGGCCAACUACCUGUUCCUGGGUGACUAUGUAGACAGAGGGAAGCAGUCUCUAGAAACCAUCUGCCUCUUGCUGGCCUACAAGAUCAAAUACCCUGAGAACUUUUUCCUGCUCAGGGGCAACCAUGAGUGUGCUUCCAUCAACCGCAUCUACGGCUUCUACGAUGAGUGUAAACGCAGAUUCAACAUCAAGCUGUGGAAGACAUUUACUGACUGCUUCAACUGCCUACCCAUCGCCGCCAUUGUGGAUGAGAAGAUCUUCUGCUGUCAUGGAGGUCUUUCACCUGACCUGCAGUCUAUGGAGCAGAUCAGACGCAUCAUGAGACCCACAGACGUGCCUGACACAGGCCUGCUGUGCGAUCUGCUGUGGUCAGACCCAGACAAAGAUGUGCAGGGUUGGGGUGAGAACGACCGUGGCGUCUCCUUCACUUUCGGAGCCGAUGUGGUCAGCAAGUUCCUCAACCGCCAUGACCUGGACCUCAUUUGUAGAGCCCAUCAGGUGGUAGAAGAUGGUUAUGAGUUCUUUGCCAAGCGGCAGCUGGUGACUCUGUUCUCAGCUCCCAACUACUGUGGAGAGUUUGACAACGCGGGUGGUAUGAUGAGCGUGGACGAAACCCUUAUGUGCUCCUUCCAGAUCCUGAAGCCAUCUGAGAAGAAAGCCAAGUACCAGUAUGGAGGGAUGAACACCGGUCGGCCUGUCACCCCUCCCCGCUCAGGCCAACCUCCAAAGAAACGAUGAAGAAGGACAGAGGGGGGAAGAGAGACAGAGAAUGAAAGAGAAGGGGGGGGUGAUUGUGAACGAGUGGUAGUCCCUUGUCAGCUUUUCAUAACACAAAUAAAGAAAAAGGCAACACUUGGGCGGAGGAGAAGUGGAUGAACACAACUGUUUCUGAUUUAGGACACACAACCUGUCUUUUUUUUUUUUUAAUUCAUCUUUCUUUUCUUUUUAUCUCCCUCUCUGAAGUGCUGUUAUGCUGCUGUUUUCUUCCUCAGUGCUUUUUUUUCUCUGCAUCUGUGUAACCUUGAAAUGUUUUUAAAAACCAAGUGUUAAAGAGAAAUGAGAAAACAAUAUAAGGGUGUCAUUCUGUCAGCAUAUCCGGAGUGUUUUUUUUUUUUUUUUUUUGUCUUUGUCAAUGCUUGUAUUUUUAUUUUUGCUUUUACAACAGAAUGACAGCUAGUUUUAGUUUACCAGAUCCUUUCCCUCCCCUGCCUGUACAGACACAACAGGUAUUAAUGAUAACUGCUGGGUUUUCAAUAAAUAAUAUGGGGAAUAAACCUUUAUUUGGA